AUGGCGCACAAGCAACCAAAGAAAAAAAGAACAGCGCUAUUCGAUCCAGAUAACAUCAGAGUAAGUCUAGAGUCUCAAAGGAAAUUUACUCAUAGUGUUCGCGGUUUUAUUGAAGGACUUGUCACUUUUAAUUUGGAAUGCGAAACUUUGUCAAAUCUCGGGGAAGAUGAAGUCUUGCACAUUAUGGCAUGCAAACUUACCAUACAAGGCUUAUAUAAUCUGAGGAAGGCAAUUCAGCAUGUACCGCGCAAUCUAACACGGGUCAUUGAUAACGUUCCAUUGCGCUCCGUGUUUAUUCUGGAUGUUUUCAAGAGUCUUUCUUCAUCGACAAUCCACAACAAAAUGUCCACUGCAGAUGUUACCUUAUAUACCAAGAUUCUUGAAAAUUCUUGCCCAUCCUUCAUGUCUUUUGAACAAACAAACAAAGACAUACAAUGCGCCAGAUUUCUUUCGCCGCCGGUAUCAGAAUGCACGCAGUGUGAGAAGAAAUUAUCAAUGAGGAACAAUGCAUCAAGAGCAACAUUAUUCACGUUGAGUGGCCCCAUUGCUUGUCUGAAGGUUACGUUGGAAUGCAGAGAUUGCGCUAUCCGUUUUGGCAUUUGUCAUUUUAAGGAUCAAUGUGGUGCACGAUUUUAUCCUUCAAAAUAUGAAAUCGAAGUGAUCGAAGCGAGCAACGUGACGUAUUUCCUUCGUGAUUUAUACAAGUGGAUGCCGUCUCUUAGGUAAGUGUAUAUGUAUCUAUUAUCUUUUGAUAAGAAAUGGGCCUUUUUCAGCGGCAGAUUCAGGCACGGAACCGGCGGGUGGAAACCAUGUUUAGCCAUUUAUUGUUUGAUUUUCUUCUUGAUAUUUUCUAGCAAUCAUUGUUGGGUCUCAUUUAGUGGGUUCUCAGAGGCUUACAACGAGAUUUAUGAUAAUCAAAUUCAAAAAUUUGCAAACUCCUUCAAAG